AGACCCAAAAGGCCAAAAUCCAUAACCAAUUUUCCCGCCAAAUCCCACCCCUCUAAUUCUCUUGCUCCCUCAAAAACCCAUUACAAUUUCCAAAUCAAGCAACACUUAAACAAACCCUAACAAUUUACUUCACUAAAAAUCAACACUUAAACAAAAUCACUUCAUGACUUACAUCCACUAUCAUUCUCCCCAAAUGCCCACUUCAAAACCCUAAAAAUUAGUUCACUUUCCAAUACCCACCAAUUCUAAUCCCUUAAAUUUAGUUCAAAUUUUCAAUACCCACAAAUUCUAAACCCUAGAAAAUCAAUCAAUAAAUGGAUUCUUGGGAAAAGCAGCAAACCCAAUUCAACGAUAUAAAGCAGAUGAAGGAAUAUUCAGUCGAAAAUGGAGUUGAUGAAGCAGCAAUUGAAAAGCAGAGGAUACCCUUUUAUGGAUCAAUGUCGAAGAACAAGGAAACAACUUGGGUGAUAUCAUUGUUUGUAUUUGUUCAUCUAGUGGCAUUUUUCGUCACUAUGAUAGUCAAUAAUUGCUGGAAUAAAUCUCAUGGAGAGUGUACUUUCAUCUUCUUUCAAUCUCUUUCCGAAAACCCUUUUCUUGGUCCUUCUUCGUCUGGGCUGGAUGAGAUGGGAGCUCUCCGAAGAAUCUUUUUGACACAUAAAAGUGGAUUAUGGCGCCUCUUUACCUCACCUUUGCUACAUGCAGGAGUAUUUCACCUCUUCAUCAGCCUCAUCAGUGUUCUUUUCAUUGGAAUUAAUUUGGAGCAGAAAGUUGGAUCAUGGAGGACAGGAAUCAUCUAUCUUUUCUCUGCCUUUACUGGUAGUUUGGCAGCAACACUUUUUGUUCAAAACAGUCCUGAAGUGUCUUCCUCAGCUGCUCUCUUUGGUUUGAUUGGUGCUUCAGUUUCUGAGCUUAUUCGUGACUGGAAAUCAUUCAGUGAGAAGUUUUUAGCUGUGAUGACACUGGUCUUGGUCUUUGCAAUCAAUUUCGCUCUUGGGCUGCUACCACAUGUCGACAACUUUGCAAACAUUGCAGGGUUCGUCUCUGGAUUUCUUCUUGGCUGUGCCCUUAUUUUCUCUCCGCAACUUAGGAAGCCAGCUUUACAUAAAGGUCUAUAUGAUUAUGGUGUGAAAAAGUCUGUGGCUUUGAAGGAUAAGUUGGACAGACCAGUGUUAAGGAUUGUCUCCCUUCUUCUGUUAAUCCUCAUGGUAGCUGGCCUCAUUGUGGCAGCUCUCCGCCAUACAGAUGCAAACAAAUAUUGCAGUUGGUGCCGCUAUAUUGACUGUGUACCUUCCAGAAAGUGGAUCUGCGAUAUCAGAGCUGCCUCUUGUAAGACUACUGAAAUCAGAGGGCAAACAACAUUAAGGUGCUUGCAAAGUGACAAGUUCAAGGUCUUGCAUUUCACUGGCAUAACACCUACAAGAUUAGAGGAGCUGUGUAGUGUGAUCUGUUCUUAGUGGAUUCUUGAAGGGGCAUUUCUAUUGCUGAUUCAAGAUAUUUUGCAAAUUUUGUUGUAUAUUGACCUAUCGAGUGUGACUGGCAAAUACUCUGCAAUUUUGUUGUAUAUAGUGGAAUAGGCGAAUACAGUUUUCUGGUUGUAUACAUAACUGUGACUAUACAGUUACAGUUAUGUAUACAACCAGUUCAAUUCUUGUUCUUUGUAUAGAUGCAAUAUCAGUGGAUCUAUGGAUUGAAUUACAGCAAACGUUGAGAAACACACAGAAUCAUUGUUUUCUGGUUGCUGCAUUUCAACUUCUCUAGUAAAUUCUGCUGCUAUUUUAUGUUGUA